AUGGCUCCCCGUGUUAUUCCAGAGGCCGGCAGUGUGCCACACGUCUCUCGCGACGCGCAAGAGGCCUUCAGGACCCUUAAAUCUGGCGGAGUUAUCGUCGCGCCAACCGAUGUCGGCUACGCACUUAUAGCCAGUACGCAGGCUGGUAUUGACAAGAUUUUUACUGCAAAAGGCCGCCGUGAUGGCCAUAACAUCGGUAUCAUCGGGACCUACCAGCAACAUCGAGAGAUACAUGUUUUGCCAGAGUCCAAGUUCGAGUUGACCCGCGUCCUGACCGAGGAUAUGGGAAUGAUAGUCGGAAUCAUUGCGAAGUUCGAUACCCAGAACCUUCAUCCGCGUCUGGCAGCGCUGGAUGCUCCCACACUCUCUCAGGUUACAAAGGGAGAUACUGUUAGCAUCGCCGUUCCUGAAGGGCCCUUCUUGCGGGAGCUCGGCCGGCUUUGCGACGAAGAUACGCAGGGCAUGCUGAUGUUUGGAAGCUCAGCGAAUCUUACCGGACAGGGGCAGCGAUUUCGCAUUGAGGACAUUGAGCCAGCCCUGCUUGCACAUGUUGAUUUGGUGGUUGAUUACGGCCUGCAGAAGUGGCAUGUUUAUGGCCGUGGCGGCGUCAACUUUGAUGCUGAGAACAUGAAGGUCCUGCGGAUGGGGGCCGGAUAUGAAGUUUUCAGAGACAGGGUCUUAAGAUGGUUCCCUCACUUGCUGGGAGACUUGGGUGCCAGCCUUGAAAAGGACCCAGAGCACAGUAUCGAGGGUCCCUUGCCGGCAGAUCGAAUACUUCGUUGA